GCGGUUGGGACGGUUGGGAAUGGCGCGCCCGAGCGGCGUCACGUGCGGCGGCGGUUGGGUUGGGACGGUUGGGAAUGGCGUGCCCGGGCGGCGUCACGUGCGGCGGCGGUUCGGUUGGGAAUGGCGCGCCCGGGCGGCGGCCUGAGUGUGGCGGCAGGAGCGGUCGUGGCGGCAGCGAUGCUUCUCUCUACAGAUGGUAUUAAUUGCCCAGGGGAUCCCAACUGGCACAUUUUUAAAGAUCACUGUUACCUUUGGAGUACUACUUUCACUGCUACUUGGGAAAAAGCACUAGAUGUCUGUAGGGCUUAUAGAGGCACUGAAUUACUCUACCUGGACACCAUAGAAGAAAAGAAUUGGUUCACAAGGGAAGCCGCUGGAGUUUAUUGGACUGGACUCAAUGAUCGUGAAGCUGAAUCUGAUUUUCACUGGACAACAAAUGAUCCUUUGAAUGUUGUCCUGAUUCCAUAUUUCAGAAUAGAUCUUCAGAGGGGAGACCUAAAAGACUGUGUUCAAAUGGAUACUAAGUCUGGGCUGUUAACAGACAUUCAGUGCUCAGUAGAAAAUCAUUUUGUUUGUAAAUCAAUGAAGGAUAUGGACUGGUUUCAGAAAAAAGGGAGCUUGGGGCUGACAUUAAAACCUCCAUAUGAUUACCCUUCAAAAACUAAUCUGAAUGCAGCCAAACGUGAAUGCUUGCAGCAAGGAAGGGCAUGCACUGGAAUACUGGAGACCUGGAGACCCAAAGUGUUUUAUCUUCUUGAUGCCUCAGCCAUUUUCACCUUCAAUCGUUAUUCGACCAUCUAUACCCCGGCAGUAUGCGUUUCAGAAUUUCCUGGACCAAUAUGUGGCCAUGAGGAUCAAUUGUGUAAUUGCAUUGGGAUUGUAAAAACUUCAUUUACUGAAGUGUGUGGUAUUUCUGUGAAAAAUUGCCAGGACCUAUGUGCCAGAAAGAAGGAUGGCACAGAUUGUUCCAAGUGUAUUCCAGUUUGUCCAGAUAAUGCAGAAGAGGUAUUUAGUAUGAAAGAGGCUUCAGUAAUAAUGAUGGCAAAGGAGAGGAUAUUUGAUGGCGCUUCUAUUCUAACUGUCAAUGACCAGAAUUUCCUUGAUGGAUUUAAAGUAUUUUACAAAACAAAAUGAUUUAAUCUUGUCUGUUUCAAUCACAGAAUAUGCAGAAAAUUCGAUUUGAAGAUGAACGUGGCACAAACAUCUAUUAGACUUCAAAGAAUAAUGCCAAAACUUACCAUUUCUGGUAUUUCUUCAGAAAGCUGUUUUAAUUCUAAGGUCAUCCGUUGAUGGGUUUAUCUGUUUACUGAAAAUAACAUACUAUUAUUUAUUAUUUAAUACACAAAAACUCUGAUAGGGUGCUUUCCAACUAUUUGUGAAUCCCAGUGGUUGGGCAUCAGGCUCAGCCGGUGAUGUCUGCCAUACUUUCAGUUAACAAGGGCCGUAGUUUCCAUGUUCUCUGAACUCUCAUGUUCCGGUGGAUGCCCUCAGUUCCCUUGACCCCUUUGCACUCAAUGGGGAUUGGGUGAUCACCCUCACUUUCCAUCCAUGGGGGGCCCAGUUCCUAGGCUCCCUUUUCACUCACCUGUGUCCCGAUUUCCAUUAUCCCCUGAAACUUAACCUUGUUUAUUGGAAGAUGUAAAAUACGGAAUAUUAUCUUAAACGGUGCAUUAAAAGUGUAUUGGAGUAUUAAUUGAAAAAGCAUUCAGUGGUCUGGAAAAUCUGCCAAUUCAGCACGACUAAAGUCCUGAGUCUGCCAGGUCAUUAACGUUGUACUGUAUAUUUUCUUCCUUAAGCUUUCCUGAACAUUUGUUCACAAUACACAGUUGAUUUUUUUUUAGUUUCACUCAAAAAUAAAUGCUUUUGAAAAUCCCUGGCUCCUGAUGUGAUUCACAUUGUAGAGCAAUACCAUUUGUUACAGAAAUCUUCUAGAAAUGCUAUGAUGUGUGCCCAAACAGCAGAAAUGCUAGUUCAGAAAUAUUCAUUGGAAAAAAUCACCUGGUAUCUGAUUUGUCAUGCAAAUCAUGAAUUGCUGCAAACAAAAUGUACAAAUAGAUGAUUUUGAAACCUUGAGGUCAGUUGCACUAGCUGUAAUGAGGAAUUUGGUCAAUAAAAAUGAAUAUUUAACAAUUAUCCACCAAUAUACACAAGCAACAGUAUAUCCACCAAUAUACUCAGAGCAACAAAGCAAUCUAAAAACAAGGUAGAGAAUAAUGUACUAGCAGCUAAGAAAAUUCUGUUUCGGCAAUAAUUGACUGAAAGCACGCCUGCCUUAGAAACAAAACAAAUGCUGGAGACACUCAGGUCAGGUAGCAUUUUAAUAGGUAGCAGGAAAUGCACCUAUUGCUUUUCUCCAGAUAUGCUGCCUGACCCGCUGAGUUACUCCAGCAUUUUGUGUCUAUCUCAGGUAGCAUUUUGGUCACUAAUGGGUUUAAUUCUUUAACUAGUUAUCCUUCUGCCCUUACUAUACAUAUAUAUUUUUUUGUGUUUUCCCUGAUAUUGUCUGCUGUCUCAUUGCCUUCCCAAUUUCCUUUUAAAUACUCCCAUACAAUUUAUAUAUUUCUCAAAGGCCUCCCUUGUUUUUAGUUCUCUGUAUCUUUAUGAUCCAUUUUUUUCCCUUUAUACCUUAAUCUCACUUGACAUGGACUUUAGACAUUUUGAAUAUAGAACAAUAUAACAUAGGAAAAGGUCCUUUGUUGCAUAUUGUCUGCACUAAACAAGAUGACAAAUUAAAGAAACCCUUUCUGUGUGCACAUGAUCCAUAUCCCUCUGUACAUUUAUGUACAUUUAUGUGCCUAUGUGAAGCCAUUAUCCUGUGCAUAUCCUAUAUCUCUCCUGGCAGUGCAUCCCAGGUAUUCUGUGCAACUUGCCCCAUUCCUUUAAACUUGACCCUUCUUACCUUAAAGCUACGUUGUCUAGUAUUUGACAUUUCCUCCCUGGGGAAACGGUGAUGACCGUGUGUCCAAUCUUAUCCUCAUUAUAUAAACUUCUCCCGUCUCCCUCAGUCACUGAUUGGCGAGAGAAAAUAAUCCACGUUUGUUCAGCCUUUCCUAUAGCUAAAAUCCUCUAAUCCAGCCUCUUCUGCAUCCUCUCCAUAGCCUCCACAUUCCUCCUGUAAUGUGACGACCAGAAUACCAUAUAAGAUUUACUGUCCUUAACCUUUCACCCUCAUGUGAAUAUGUUGGCCUUUAUUAUUAUUUUAAUAUUAUUAUAUGAAAUUAUUAUUUCACUUUUGAAUGUCUGCCAAUUUGGGUGUAGAGCUGCCAGAAGGUAGCUGAUCACAGUCUAUAUUUUCCAGGUCUUAUCUAAUUAAAAUUAGUCUUCCCUGAUGGCAUUUCACUUUCUUCAUCUUUCCCUGUAAAUAAACAAAUAACCAUUUUAUUACCAAGUGUUCUGCUGAACUAAAAGGUAAGCCCUUCUAAAUAUCCUGCAUUCACCCUAUAGGUUAUCUUGAAGAACUAUAAAACAAGGAAACCAAUACUGCAACUUUGGCUGAAAGUAAACCUGAAGAAACAUCUCAUCGGUCUAGAAUUUAAAAAAAAUAAACAUAAGGUUAUAUCUAUCUUUAGUUGCCUCUACCAAUAUAGCUAUGGUUAACAUUUUCAAUGCUAGCUUUCCAACUAUUGGUAGUGCUAAUAGUAAAGUUAAGAUUUAUUGGAAGCAAGAUUUCUAGCUACUUUAGGAAUAAUUUUCACAUGGUGUGCCUGAGAAUAAGCCAUUUGUGGAGUUAAAAUGAAGGCAGCUUUUUUUUGAUGCACUUGCCUUGAUACCCAGGCUAACUGUAAGUGAUAUAAUAACAAUGUAUCAGACCAUGUUUGGGGCCCUUUCAAUGAUGCGACAAUCCAAUAACAGUCAUCGGUCAACAAUGCAAUCUAAUGUGUGAGUUUAAUCGCUACUUGCAUAGACUGAGCAAUCACAAGUUCACCAAAUGAGGUCGCUGGUGGGCAGGAACAGACUCAGAAAAUGUGGGUCCAGAUGAAACAGUAGUAUACUUCAAAAUUCCACAGAAACCCAUGGACUGCCAUAUCUAUGCCUGGUAUCUUCCCCCUUCAGUCUUCCUGGAUAGCAAUUAUGUCUGGAUACACCACUAUUUACUUGAUAACCAGUAGCA